CUGUACCACACAGACCUGGUGACUAAAGCUUUGGUUAUGUUAUUGAUUGAUACUUCAUGUUUUGGAAGUGUCUGCUAUUGUCAUGUAAAAAUUGACACUUGAUUUCACAGUCAGAGCAGGCUGUGUUGUAAAAAAGAAGUUUGGAGUCUGAAAAAUGGUAAAGAUUUGCGGCAAACGGAAUGAAACUAUUGGUUUAGAGACUCUUUUAGCACUUUUCUGUCUAUUCAUUUGUCUCAAACCUUCAUUGUGUGACAAAUGCCUUCUUGAUGCCUCAGUGCAGCUCAUGACACCGAAAAGUGAUUACGGAGAGUUCAAGAAUGCCACUUGCCAAAAGGAUUUGUGUCAGAUCACAGCACCGUAUGCAUCUUGGAUUGGAUCUCACAGUAUUACUUUGACCUGGAAAGCUCUGAAUCAAUCGGAUGUUGUGUAUAUUCCUCAAUGGACAAGCCCUAGUUUGUCUGGAGUUUGGGCACAAGCAAAGAACGUUACAGAAUCAACAUACACUGUUGAACAGCUUGAACCUUUCACCUGUUACAAGUUCAGGGUCUGGGCAGUAAAAGCAGAAGGUCACAUUCGUUCACCAGAAAGCCCUUGGUAUCAAACCGAACCAUUUGGAUUGCCAUCCAGCCCUUUCAUCGACAGUAUUGAAAGCCUGUCUGGAGAGAGCGUGGACGUCCAUUGGUCUCCACCUGAGAAACCAGGAGGACCCAUUUUAGGCUUUAACCUCAACCUCACAACCAAACAACACGUCAUCAGUGUAGCAACCAGUGGAAAUGUUUUCUUCACCACAUUCUAUCCUACGUCUCAUAACACCACAUACAGGAUCUCUAUAGCUGCUGUUAACAGGGAAGGUCAAGGAUCUGUAGCUGAAGCCAGUACAACAACACCAGAACGAGCUGAUCAGGAUGGAGGACGUUGGGUGUUUGCAUCUAGAUGGAACACAUUAAGGAAAAGAGAAAAGGAUGCUGAUUUCUUCACUACAGCUGAAUGUCUCUCUGACAGUCUAAUAGAGAGCAACAUCACAGGAGUGGUCAUGCACUACAGUUCAAACAAGGUGUAUUUUUCUGAAGGGACUCAUAUUUGGGUAAAAGGGGCAGAAAAUCUCACUGACCACUCGGAUCUUAAGCUUCUUCACUCUGCUCAACUAAAGGUCACAGCACUGACAAUCGAUUGGCUUUAUCAGAGGAUUUACUAUGUUUCCAGCGGUAGGGUCUUUUAUUGUGGUUUAGAUGACUGUUCUGUUCCAGUCAGUGUAAAUCUCACCCUAUUCAGUGACCUUUUGAACAUAAUUGCAGAUCCAUAUAAUGGCUUUUUAUUCUUGCUGAUGCCCAACGGUAUAUUCCGCACCCCUCUUCACGGCCAACAAGAUGAGUUAACACAAAUUGUGAACACAUCGACAAAUGCUUUGUAUGACUUGGUGGUCAGUUUUCCCAAUAAGAGGCUGGUUUUUCACGACAGAAAGGAUCAGAUGCUCAAAGCCGUGUCUUUGGAUGGCUUACACGCGGUUACACUGUACACAAGCGUUACCUUUGAAGCGACCAGUAUUGUUAACGAGAACGAUUUCUUCAUGCUCACCAAUGGAUACGCACUUUACAAACAGGUUGGCCAUGGUCAGGUGGCCAUCUUUAAUGAAUUCUCUAUGGACUGUGAUAUCUUCAAUCAGUAUGAAGGCUUUGGUAAUCUCUGCUAUUUUAGUCCAUCUGCCCAGCCUUACCCUGUGCCACAAAGGCCGAGAAAUCUCAGAACCCUAUUCGGAUCAGAUAAGGCCAAUCUGUACUGGGAUCAACCUGAAAAUAUGAUCGGAGCAAGUUCAUCUGCUUGGCAAAAUUGGACUUAUUCUGUAAACUGCUCGUUGAAUGGGCUGCUGGUGACCAGCUUUAGCGGUGUUACUGGCACACAUGUAACUGUGUCAGAUCUGCAAAGUUCACAGCGGUACGGUGUGUCUGUCAGGGCUUGUUCUCCUGGUGGAUGCUCUACAUUCGUCUCAUAUGAAGGAUCAACUCUUCACGCUGUGGAUGAGGCACCAUAUAUAGCUGCUGCCGCUCAGUAUGGUAUCUGGAAGCAGGAUUUGGAUAGCAAUGAACUUCUUGAAGAACUGGUGACUAAUAUUAAAGAUGUAAAAGACAUUGACUGGUAUAAUGGAACAAUCUACUGGAGCAACAGCUCAGGCCACAUUAACUGGGUUGAACUAGCUGACCCGUUUGUGAGUAAGAGAGUCAUGACAAAUCCAUUAUCACUAAAGGCUGAAUCUGUGGCGUUUGACUGGCUUGGUCAGUAUCUAUACUGGAGCUGCAACUCAAAUCAGAUAUGCAGAGGGUCUACAUCGAAGGAUGUUGAGGUAUUUUUCCAGGCAGAUGAUGAGAUUCUCAGUUUGGUCAUCGAUUCAUUGAAUGCUGCCAUCUACUGGACCACUAAAAUAUCUGUGGAGAGUUGUAGAUUGGAUGGAGGUGGUUAUCAACUUCUGGAUAAAAUGAGCGUGUUCUCUGGAAGAGAGGUUGCUGGAAUCACUUUGGAUGUGAUGGAGAGAAAUCUUUAUUGGCUGGUGAAGGAUGGUACACUGUUACAUCUGUACAGAGCAAACUUUAGCAGAGACAGGAUGCAAGAGCCUAAAGUGGUAGAAUAUGUCAAAUGGACCACAUCUCAAAUCUUGAAUCAUCAAGUGGGCUACUACAGCGGACGACUUGUGUGGCUGGAUGAGAAUAAACAGUUGAGGAUUCAAGAGGUGAACCAAAAAACCAGUGUCCAUAUGUCUUCCAGUAACACACUGACAGCGUUUACCAUAGUACAGAAGAUGCUUAAACCUCUGCCAGAUGGGUUCCUGUCUCCUCCUGUAGUUAUUCCACCUGCAGUUCCCAAAACCUCUGUUCAUCUUGAAGGCAAUCACACGUUUUUCCAGAUACUCUGGGAUGCCAGUAAUACUGACUUUGGGAAUGUGUUUUAUUGUGUGGUGUCUAAUGGACUGUCACAAAAUGUGAAACGACUUCAAAAUAACUACCCAAGCAGAUAUUGUCACCCUGCCAAUACAAUUUCUGAGCCAGUCAUAAAUGUGACCAGAUUUAAGCCGGACACUGAAUUUAACGUCACCAUUACUCCCUUUUCAUACUGGGGUAAAGGGGAAUCAACAAGCACGAUUCUCCAUACACCAGGAAAGGGCUCUCCAAAACAAACUGACAUGACGUUGGUUAUUGUAAUCAUAGCAGUGUGUGUCAGUAUUGCACUUAUUAUUAUCAUCCUGUCUGCAGUCUUUUGGCACAGACGUCAACAUAAAAAGGAUCAUGGGACAUCUACACAAACAGGUGUGCAUAUCCACAGCGAUGAGGAGUUGGAGUAUAUCCGAGGUUUGGUUGGUCUUGGGAACGCUUGCUAUGCCGUCAGUGCCAUACCCGCCCAAAGAGAGAUAGAGUCCAUCCCUGUGUUUCCCAGGGACUGUCUGAAGCUCCAGAAGUUGUUGGGAAGUGGAGCGUUUGGAGAGGUUUAUGAAGCUAUCACAGUUGGCAGCCAACUCACUGCUGGAGUCAUGCCAGAGAUGAGAGUGGCUGUUAAGACGCUGCGCAAAGGUGCCAGUGAAAAUGAGAAAGUUGAAUUCUUGAAGGAGGCUCAUCUGAUGAGCCAGUUUAAUCAUACUAACAUCCUGCGUUUGCUUGGAGUCUGUUUGCUGAAUGAACCUCAUUACCUCAUUCUGGAGCUGAUGGAGGGAGGAGACCUCCGUUCCUACCUGAUUGGAGCUCGACCUACCAAUAACCACAGGGAGCUACUGAAUGUAACCAGCCUUCUGGACAUCAGUUUGGAUGCCUCCAAAGGGUGUGCUUAUUUAGAAAGGAAGCGCUUUGUUCAUAGAGAUAUUGCCGCCAGGAACUGUUUGGUUUCAGUAAAAAGCUACACAGACCCAAACAGAGUCAUUAAAAUAGGCGACUUUGGAUUGGCCCGUGAUGUGUACAAGAAUGACUACUACAGGAAAAAGGGUGAAGGUUUAUUUCCUGUUCGCUGGAUGUCACCAGAAAGUUUAACAGAUGGAAUUUUCAACAAAUACUCAGAUGUGUGGGCGUUUGGUGUACUCCUGUGGGAGAUUAUGACAUUAGGAAAGCUUCCAUAUCCAACAUACACCAACCAUGAAGUCUUAAGCUACAUUAAUGCCGGUGGACGAUUGCCUUUACCAACAGGGUGUCCUAAGAGUUUAUAUAAUCUGAUGAUGGACUGUUGGAAAAAGGGGCCAAAUGAAAGGCCAAGCUUCCAGGACCUAAAGGAAACCCUGCAUAAAUUGCGAGAUUACGAAGCAGAUCAAAUAGGCGAAAAUAUGAUUGCAUGUCAUGUAAACCAAGCAUACCAAGAAGAUGAGGAGGAGGUCUGCACAAGGGUGGAUGAAGAUGUAGAAACAGGACUUUCUCCUGUGCUCAACAACGAUGGACUGAAUUACUUGAUGUAUCGAGCUGAGAGUCCAGACAGUGUCAAAACAGACAAUUCCACACUGUCAGAGGACAGAUAAGACUAGGAAACCACAUUUCACAAGACUUUUUUAAGAUGUCAAAUAAAUAUUUGGUAUAACAUGUUAAAAUUGACAUUUGUAGGUGACAAUGUGCCGUUUUGGGUGUGUCCUUUAAAAUGCAAAUGAGCUGAUCUCGGCAAUAAAUGGCAGUGCUGUGGUUGGAUAGUGCAGAUUAAGGGGCGGUAUUAUCCCCUUCUGACAUCACAAGGGUAGCCAAAUUUCAAUGACCUAUUUUAUCACAUGCUUGCAGAGAAUGGUUUACCAAAACUAAAUUACUGGAUUGUUCUUUUUCACAUUUUCUAGGUUGAUAGAAGCACUGGGGACCCAAUCAUAGCACUUAAACAUGCAAAAAGUCAGAUUUUCAUGAUAUGUCCCCUUUAAAAGUAACAUUAAGUAUACGUAUACAUAUCAGAUGCACUAAAGCUACAAAACUGUACUAAAUUUGCUUUAGAUAUAUUUAAAAAAGGUCCUUUAAAUAGUAGAUUAAACUCCGUUCCGCGUUUUAGCUACAGCAUUGACUUUCACGCUGCUGCGUCCUCAAAUCCAUUCCAUUUAGCUCAUCAGAGUCGAUAUAAUUUAAACUCCAUUUCGUGUUUUCACUACUUUUGCCUGUUGCGCUCCUACAACAAAACAAGGUAAACAAAGCUCUUAGGCUAUAAAACAAUUGUUUAAUAAAAAGGCACCAGAAUACAAGAAAAAUGUAUCUAGUCCAGGAAAUGUUUCUAGACUCUCAUUUUGGAAAAAAAGAUGAUUAUCAAAUAUAUAAUCUGCAGAGAAGUAUUACUUGUUCCCUUGUUGCCAUAAAAUGUAAAAAUCGCAUCAUUAUUUUGAAAAGAAAGUUUGUGUCCCCAUGUAAGACCCAAGAGGAUGUCCUCUUGACCGAACAGUAGGAUUCAAAUAGGUUGAACAAAUUGUGCUUGACUUAGAGGUCUGAAACUCAUGUUCAUUAUACAGAAGACAAACAUGAAUUGAUGGGACUCAGGAGGCUAUAUUUAUAUUUAUUAAUCAUUACCAUUUGACAGUAGCAGAAUAAAAGUACAGUUUUGUUCAUAAGAAAUAUUUACAUAUACUCUAAAAGUACUAGUUACAAAAAUAUUUACUCAAGAAAAUAUAACAAAUUAAAUGUAAUUCAAUACUACCCACCUCUGAUGUCAAGAUGCACAGCUGAUAACCAUAUAUUAGGCCUACAUACAUCUGAAUUAUUCUUAUGGCUCAAAUGUUUCAAUAUUUAUUUGUUUAUAUUUAAGUAAAUCUUCAAGUUUUUCACAAUAAUCUACUUUAUUUAUAUAAACUUGUUCAUGUAUUUGUUGAAAGUCUAAGGGAUGGUUUCCCGGAAAAGGAUUAGCUUAAGCCAGGACUAGGCCUUAGUUUAAUUAGGAAAUAUAACUAGUUUUAACAAACAUUAGUUACCUAACAUCAACAAACCAUGAGCAAUACACUUGUUUCAGUAUUUAUUAAUCUUUGUUAAUGUUAGUUAAUAGAAAUAAAGCUUUAAAUUGUUUGUUAGUGUUAGUUCACAGUGCAUUAACUAACGUUAACAAGAUUUUAAUAAAGUCUUAGUAAUUGUUGAAUUUAACAUUAUCAAGAUGAAUAAAUGCUUUAUAGGUGCAGUUCAUUAUUAGUUCAUGUUAACUAAUGUAGAUAACUAAUUAACCUUAUGGUAAGUGUUACCAAAAUGCUUUACUUAAAACAUUACUUGUGUGCAUUUUGGGGCAAAACAAAGAGCCUCAGUUUGGACAGCUCUUACAUUUAUUUUAGACUAGGACUAGUCUAAUCCCUGUCUGGGAAACCGCACCAAAGUGUUUAAACAUAAUGAAUAAAAUGUCAUUCAGUAUAUUUGUGCGUGUGUGCUCCAACAUUAAAAUUAUUUGGAUCUCACUAUGAAAACCAACAGAAAUGUUUAGUGUCAAGAAAUAACAUCAGUUCAAUAUUUUUAUUAAACAGGCCAAGAGGCUCUACCACCUGUUAGAUACUGUAGAUAUUUAGGGGUGGUUUUCCAUACAGGUCUUAUCUUAGUCCCAGACUACAAUGCAUGUUUGAGUUGCCUUAAUAAAAAAAAAAAAUCUAAAUAUAUUUAAAAACCUCUUGUAUUGACAUAUCUUAACAUAUAUCAGUGCCAUUGUUUUGUUUUAAGAUGCACCCAAUAUUGUUAUUUUGUCAGGUAUGUUUGUAAAAACUACUUAAAUGUCUUAAUAUAACUAAGACCUAGUUCUGGAUUAAUCUAAUCCCUCUUUGGGAAUCUUCCCCUUAAUCAAAUCAAAUGGUUUAAUAUGUCGUUAGUUGACAAAAAAUAUGACCAAAUUUAAGUAGUUUAAAACAAUAUUAAAAACAAUACUGGUGUGCAUCUUGAGACAAAACAAUGACACUGAUAUAUGUUGAGAUGUCAGUACAAAAUGAUGGCAGCUCACAUAUGCAUUUUAGUCUGGUACUAGAAUAAGCCCGUCUGGGAAACAGAUGUAGUGUCAUAUCAGAUGUAGGUGGCUUCAGGUUCAGCUGUGAUUUUGAGGUGUAGUUGUGGUCAGAGACAGAUAAAUCCUCCGAUUUCGUUUCUGCAUCACAGUUCAGGAGCAUGUGGAAGGUCUCAUCCUCACACCACAUCACUUAUCUGUGAAAAUAAUAAAACCAUAAACAUAUUUUUACAUUAGUACUUAAAAUACACCCUGAGAAUUAAUAUAUGAUGGCACCUAUGCUUAAACAGAACAGAGAGUUAAAAACAAGACCGUAUACACACAACAUCUAACUCCAAUGUUAAUAAAUAAGUCAUUAUCAAUAUCU